AUGAUGGCUUCGAAUAGGCAUAAUUUUAGUAAUCAUCCGAAUACCAAUCAAUCUUAUCAACAAAACAAUAUACAACCAAAUAACGUUCCGUAUUAUCAACAACCGCCAUCUCUAAUAACAGUACCACAGCAAGCUCUCUUUAAUAUAAAUGCAAUACCAUAUGCGUCUGAUGCCGAAAAUACUUCUGCAUAUGAUUUUAUGCAGCAAGAAUAUAUGAAUGAAAAUGGUAUUGACUAUGAUGAAGGUGAUGAAGACGAUAUGGGGCAAGAUGGUGGUUAUACAGACAAUGAUGAUGAUGCUUAUAAUAAAGAAAUUGAAGACGCAUUUAGUCAAUAUGAAAGAGAGAUGAUGUCUAAGCAUUGGCCUGAGGAUCAAAAUAUGAACAAGCAACAAGAAACUCUUAGUAUGAUGAAUGAAUGUAUUGAAUUUCAAAGCAAAGAAUAUGCCAUUGCCUCUAUGCCGGACGAACAAGUAAGUAAUGAACAUCAAACUUGA